AUGGCCAGCAAGGAUAGCGGGCAGGCUUUUGCCCCGGUCCUGGCGGCCGUCGCAACCAUGCAAGGGAAUGUGCCAAAGGCCGAGAAGACCCAGGCUCAUGAAUUUCUAGAGAAAUUCCAGAAGUCACUGGAGGCAUGGACAACAACACAUGCUCUUCUACAGUCACCCGAUGUACCGAUCGAAGCCAAACUGUUCGCGGCGACUACACUCAAGGGAAAGAUCAUUUUCGACCUUGAUCAACUCCCUCCCGAGUCUGUCGUAGGACUUCGUGACUCAGUAUUGGGAUUGUUGGUUGCAUUUGCGCCAGGCCCGCGCCCCAUUCAAACUCAACUUUGUGUGUGCUUGGCAAGUCUUGCGAUCCAAAUGCUGGCAUGGAAGGAUGUUUUGGCGACAGUGGGGUCUGCUUUGGGCAACAGUGCGGGGGAUUGUGUUCUGGAAUUCCUGAAGAUCCUCCCGGAGGAAGUGACAGAAGGCCGCAAAAUCAAUCUUAGCGUGGGUGGGAUCUCUAUGCCUCUUGUGGAGUCCGGCACUAACGAUAAACAGGAGGAUGACUUAAUCGAAAGAACGAAAGAGUUACUGGAAGAUAACGCAGAGCAUGUCAUGCAAUUAUUGAUCCAGUAUGCUCAAUCAUCGGAUACGGCUGCUACCAACCCGCGCCUCCUGGAUUGCAUCACUUCAUGGCUACGCGAAAUUCCUGCCGCCAAAGUUGUCGAGUCCCCCCUCAUGGAUGUGAUCCUGAAGGCAUUGGAUAACGAUGUAUCAUUCGACUCAGGCGUGGAGUGUAUGUGCACACUUUACCGUGACACAAAAGACGUCAAUGAAUCCCUUCCCGUCAUCGAAGCCCUCUAUCCCCGACUGAUGGCCCUGCGACCGAAGAUCGUCGAAACCGCCGAAGCAGAGGACUCGGAAGCUUUCAAAGGAAUCACUAGAAUGUUUGCUGAGGCGGGCGAAGCGUGGGCUGUGUUGAUCGCAAGACUGCCUGCUCAAUUCCGAGGUCUCGUCGAGGCGGUUCUUGAGUGCGCUGCGCGUGACUGGGAGCGCGAUGCUGUAUCUCUCACAUUCAUGUUUUGGUACGAACUGAAGCAAUACAUCACGCUCCCGCGAUACGGAGAGGCGCGGAUCAACUUCCAAGAUAUAUAUUCACAGCUGCUUGACAUUAUGGUCAAGCAUCUUGAGCUCCCUAGCCCCGAGGAAGGCGAAACUGACCUUUUCGGCGGGGACCGGGAGCAGGAAGAGAAGUACCGCCAAUUCCGUCAUAACAUGGGCGACGUGUUGAAGGAUUGCUGUGCUGUCGUCGGAGUGACCGAUUGCCUUGGUAAGAUCUACCAGAUCAUUCAGCAAUGGGUCGGGAAGUACGCGGCGCAAGCCAGCAAUGAGCACGUCCCCCAUUGGCAAGAACUGGAGGCGCCUCUUUUUGGCCUUAGAGCCAUGGGUCGUAUGGUGGAUCCUGAAGAGAAUACCGUGUUGAGCGAACUUGUCAACCUGAUUGUCCAGAUCCCUGAUCAGGAGAAGGUCCGGUUCCAAGCCAUCAUGGCUCUCGCUCGCUAUACCGAGUGGACUGCUCUCCACCCCGAGACACUGGAGGCGCAGCUCAACUACGUUAUUUCAGGAUUCAACCACAGCUCACCAGAAGUCGUUCAGGCGUCUGCGCUCGCGUUCAAGUUCCUUGGCACUGACUGCCAGAAACUUCUCGGCGGCCAUAUCGAUCACCUCCAUUCUUUUUUCGAGUCUGUGCUUGACAAAUUGAAGCCAGCCAGCCAAGAAGAGGUGACCGAGGGUGUUGCCGCGGUGGUUUCUGUUCAACCACUGGAGAAGAUCUAUGACUCAUUCAAGAUGUUCUGUGAUCCAAUUAUGCAGCGGAUCAUGAACCUUGCUAAUAACGCCAAAGAUGAAGACGGCCAACGAGCGGAGAACCCUGCUGUGAAAUACUGCGGCGAGAUCUUGCCCAUCAUGACCACGAUUGUCAUGAACUUUACCUCCUCUACGCCUAUCCAGGAGCGGGUCUGUCGGUGCUGGCGCUACAUGAUUAUUUGCUACCGGACUGCUAUGAUUCCCCUACUCCCUACUCUAGCCGAAAGCAUCGCAAAUGGCUUCCAGGCAUCCCGCGAGGGCUGCUUUCUCUGGGCAACGGAUGCCGUUGUGCGUGAAUUUUCCGACGGUGCGGAAUAUGUGGACCAGGCGACAAGCGACGCUGUGUUCCAAUUCUAUGAACAGCAGGCUAUCGCCUUUCUCCGGAUUUUGAACGACCUUCCUCCGGAAAAUUUGCCUGAUGUUAUCGAGGACUUUUUCCGCCUUUCUGCAGACGCCGUCCGAUUCUACCCCAAAAAAUCUAUCGGCUCAUCCCUUUCAGUUCCCAUAUUUUCCGCUGCACUCAGUGCUCUUACCCUUCAACAACCCGACCCCAUAAUUGCCACUCUACAUUAUUACCGUGAUCUGUUCAGCUUUGCUUAUGAAAAGCCCACCGUCUCUGAGUUUGUCAGUCCGGAGGGUGAGCCUUACACGAACCCACCUGAGGUUCGGGAGGCUGUCAAGGCCCUUCUUAUGUCACAGGGUCAAGUCCUAGCACAGCGUGUGCUGACGGGUAUGAUGUUUACGUUCCCAAGUGAUUGUUUCCCUGACGCAUCUGGUGUCAUGAUGACCAUGUUCGAUCUUCUGCCCCAGGAGACUGGAGCCUGGUUGCAGAACACCUUGCAGAUGCUUCCAGCCGGAACGAUGAAACCAGGUGAAGCAGAGCGUCUAUUGAAGAACGUCUCCGACAAAGUUCAGUCUGGCGAGAUCCGGAAAAUCCGCGUCUUACUUCAAGACUUCACGAACUCUUACCGCCGACGUAAUGUCGCCCCUCGUGAUGGCCUCGGCCGUCUGGAGGCAACACGAUUCCGGUUUAGCGGAUGA